AAUCUCUCAUUUCUAUUUCUGUGGGCACACCACAAGCAUUCAUGCCCAUGCUUUAGAAUUACACUCCAUGCAGCAGAUUUUUCAGUUAAUUAGAAAAACCAAAAAAUUAAUCUUUAUAAAUGUGGAGUGAUGUUCAUCACAUAAAUUAGCUAGCUAGGUUAGGAUCAGACUACAAUAUUCUAUCUACGACAGCUAGCAUGUGAGGCUCAAAUUUAUCCCAAGGAAUAGGAUGCCACAGCAGUAUGGAUUGGCCCCUACAUCAUGACCUAAUUCCUACAGAGCACCACCGAUGAAGAAAAAGCAGCUCCAGCCUCAACAUGACAUCAACAAAGACCUUCAAAUCAUCAAAGCAGUAGCACAAGCCUGGCACUCUCACUCCGGUACCUCUAGCUCUACCAAUGAAUUCGAUGCUUACCCACGUCGACAUUUCAAAGCUAGGCCUUCAAGAUUCAAGCUUGAAGCAAUGAGCAACCCAUCUGUGAAGCUUAAGGACGAGCGCACUAGUAUUGCUAGUACUCCACAUUGGGACUUCGCCCAAUCACUGUGGGAUUCAUAUGAGCUUGUCACCCUGGCCAAAAAGCUUGAGACUGCUCUGAUUCUCGAUGACCCUUUUUCAGCAGCUGGGUCAGAGUUAGAAGGAAAUUCAAGUAGAGCACAAAAAAGGGGAAAGGAGAGUAAGAACAGCCUUAGAAAUCUGUUAAAAAGGGUGUCUUCUAGGAGAUUCGUUGAAGCUGAUAUUAAAAUCCCCCGUGAAGAUAACAAUGUCAGGGUCGGGUCGGGUGCUAAGACUGAUGAACCAUUCACGUUAUCUCAGUUAACAAUUGGACAGGAUCCAGAAGGCAACUCGAUCAAUACUAUAGUGGCUUGAUUAGAUAUGUUGUAUAUAUAUAUAUAUUGAUUCUGCUGGAAUUACUGCAUACGAAGGUAAUGUAUAUGUGUAUACUAUAUAUUAGUAUUCAUAAAUAAUUUUCAAUUAACAGCAACUACAUAUCAGGCCACACCUAAGAGCAAUUACUAUGCUAUCCAAGCAAAACUUACAAAGAAAAAGAGAAAAAAGAGAACACAGAGUCUUGGUAGCUCUCCAAGACAGUGACAGGUCAUUUAUUUAACUAGUGUAUGAGCAGCAAUACUUCAUAUAUUUAAGUUACGUGGCCUGUCGUUAAAUCAUGAUCGACAUGCUUGCUCCAAAAGUCUCAGACUCUAGUGCAUUUUGAAGGUCUUCCAUUUGCACAGUUCAAAGGCUUUGUGUUUCUGCUGGAUGUAGCCAUCAGCUUGAGAAUCAAGGGUGGCUUCAUCAACGGUCUCUGCAUGCUCAACCACCUGAACCUUCUUUCGGGAGUUUGCCGUUGGGGACCGCUCAGCGCACUGAUCUUCUUCUGGAAACUCAACCUUGUUGUUGAAGGCCUUGUGGA